CUUUAAGAGAGGAAUUCCUUCUCUACUAGGUGCCCACGAGGUACCCAGGGUAGGGUUUUCUCAUUUUAAAUCUAGUAUAUAGGCACGUGUUGCAAGCACGUGUUACCUGGAACAACAGAUAUAGCUAAUGUGUAGAUGUAUUAGCGACGGUGGAGUGAGAUCUAGCUCGCUAGGUUCGUCGGAGCUUGGCGUCUAGAUUUUGCUAGCAUCAUGUAUCUAAGCUAGUCAGAUUUUGGUAUUUCUUUUUAAACAUCCCCAUCGUCAGUGAACAUGUUGGCUACUUUACUCGUCGUCGUUCUUUCUCUAACCCCUGCCUGCCUGGGCUGGGACUGGGGCAAGAGUGGGAAAUGGGAUCAUAAACAAGGGCUGUCAUACUAUGGCGAGAAGACUACGAUUAAUUAUACGACUAUUCCUGGAUUCUUCCAGCAAGACGAUCCGGCUACAGACCCCAAGAGUUUCGAUUACACUAAAGCCAACUACGGUCUCAUUAAUCGAACAUAUCCGACAGAUACCCAGUAUGAUCCUAAGGGAAAGAGGACUCAAUGGGAACGGUUAGCAUACUACGUCAACUCGUUGAACAAAAGCUGCGAUAAGAAUACUCAGUACAAGGUCCUGUUCAUGGCCCGCCAUGGAGAGGGUUUCCAUAACGCAGCAGAAAGCUACUAUGGCACGCCAGCAUGGAACUGUUAUUGGGGCCUACGAGAAGGCAACGGCACCACGGUCUGGAGAGACGCUCGCCUCACCGAAGCCGGCAAGGCCCAAUGCACCAAGGCCAACACCUUCUGGAAGCACGCGCUGUCCGUUGAAAAGAUCCCCGCCCCGCAGUCCUACUACAGCAGCCCGCUGAUCCGCUCCGCCACCACCGCGAACCUCACCUUCUCCGGCCUCGACCUGCCCCGCAACGCGCCGUUCGCGCCCGUCGUCAAGGAGUUCCUGCGCGAGGGCAUCUCCAUGCGCACCUGCGACGAGCGCUCCAACCGCACCUAUCUCCAAUCACAGCUCCCGCCCGUCUUCCGGUUCGAAAACGGCUUCGCCGAGGAUGACAGGCUGUGGAAGGGGUACGAGGGCGAGACGGCCGCGGCGCAGCUGCUGCGCACGAAGACGGUGCUGGACGAUAUCUUUAGCACUGACGAUAGCACGUGGAUCAGCAUCACGAGCCACUCCGGCCAGAUCCGCGAGAACCUGCUGGUCCUCGGACAUAUCCCGUUUGGAUUGUCGACGGGGCAGGCGCUGCCGGCGCUGGUCAAAGCGGUGAGUGUGAAGGUAGGCGGGGGGCAGGGCGCGACGACGACGACGGUGGCGUCGUGGGCGGCGGAGGCGACGUGUGCGGGGCCGCCGGUUACGAGUGUGGCGGGCACGGGGUGUGUUUGCUCGGCGACGAGCUCGGGGGUGCUGGGUUCGGCUACGGCUGCUGCUGCGGCUACGAGUUCGGUGUAAAGAUGUAUGUCAAAUAGUAUGUCAAUGGUAAUAGAUUCUCCGCAUUAGCCAGUACCUAUCCAUGGGUAAAUAUCAAUAAAAGAAAUAAAAGGGAUGGUCCCGCUUAGGUAAUCUGUCGAAAGCUUUCUUACUCCAGGGCUGUGUUUCUGUGAAAUACAUCCAUCCAAUGUCCCCCAUGUUCAGGGGUUUGGGGGCGCGUCCCGUUGGUGGAUGGCGGUAUAGUAUAAAUCCUCCGGGUGUGACACUCAACCACAUGGCUUUUUUGGGGGGCGAGGGGUUGCAAGUAAGAAAAAUCUAGACCAUUCCAUUGCCACGCAGAUGGCACUGCGGGAAUUCCUGGGACAGAGGCAGAGGCUCACUGGGAAAAUGCUACCACCGAGCUGGUACCGUGCUUACCUACAUAUAAUCCUGAUCUGGGCCUUGGCAAACCACCUCCUUGGAGCGCAAUAUCGAUUAGUCAUAGUAUAGGUAGUAG